CCAUACCGGAAGUUGGGAGAUCCUUUUCCCCGCAGACUCCAACAUGGCCAGAGGACCGAAGAAGCACCUGAAGCGCGUCGCUACGCCGAAGCACUGGAUGCUUGACAAGCUCACUGGCGUGUUUGCGCCUCGUCCUUCCACUGGUCCACACAAGCUGAGAGAGUGCCUGCCCCUCAUUAUCUUCCUGAGGAACCGCCUCAAGUAUGCCCUGACCGGGGACGAGGUGAAGAAAAUCUGCAUGCAAAGGUUUAUCAAGGUCGACGGAAAGGUUCGCACUGACAUUACCUACCCCGCUGGAUUCAUGGAUGUAAUCAGCAUUGAGAAGACAGGUGAACACUUCCGUCUGAUCUACGAUGUAAAAGGACGUUUCACCGUCCACCGCAUCACUGCCGAGGAGGCCAAGUACAAGCUGUGCAAGGUGAAGAAGAUCCUCAUUGGCACCAAGGGGAUCCCUCACCUGGUGACCCACGAUGCCCGCACCAUUCGCUACCCCGACCCCCUCAUCAAGGUCAAUGACACAGUGCGCAUUGAUCUGGAAUCUGGCAAGAUCACAGACUUCAUCAAGUUUGAUACUGGUAACCUGUGCAUGGUGACUGGUGGUGCUAACUUGGGUCGUAUUGGCAUCAUUACCAACAGGGAGCGCCACCCCGGCUCCUUUGAUGUGGUGCACGUCAAAGACAGCACAGGCAAUAGUUUUGCCACCAGGCUCUCCAACAUCUUUGUCAUUGGCAAGGGCAACAAGCCGUGGGUGUCCAUGCCCAGAGGAAAGGGAAUCCGCCUGACCAUCGCCGAGGAGAGAGACAAGAGACUGGCCGCCAAGCAGGGCAGCAGCUAAAAUGGCAGACGACAGCCUGACCCCUGGUUUUCAAAAUAAAAUGUUAUUUACAAAACACAA